AUGGCAUGUGUAACCUUUCGAAAACCAGUAUCAGCCACAGUGGGGAAGCAGAUGGUGUUCACAGGCCCAGAUUAUGUAAAGGAUCACCUCCCUCAAGUUGCUCAGCACACUGCCUAUAUAGGAGAAAAGUGUCCUGCACUAGAGAAAACUGGAGAUCUCAGAUAUUUAUGGAGGCCUGCCUCGAACAGAAGCUUGCCAGCUAAAUAUAAACCUGAGUACGUUGGUGAAAUUGGCUGGGGAAUACCAGAGUAUGAUUUUAUCAACAAAACAAGGCUUCAGACUGGCUUUCACAUCAAGUAUGAAGACUUCAGUCAUGCUGCUAUUGACAAACUAAGCCACAGAUACCAGAGCCCGUGGCAACCCAAUCCUUCUAUUAUGGAUGCGGAAGGAAGCCCCAGUCGUGGUUUUAUUGCCUGGCACAUGGGGGAUUAUGAGGACACCAGCCAAAGAAACUCCAAACGGGCCAUCCUUCUCCGACAGAGCAAGGCAGCCCUGCCGAUAGUGUCCAGACCACCGAAGCUGCCGAAGCUACCGAAGCUACCGAAAAAGGAGGAGCCAGCCCCCUUGUGCUCGCUGCCAGAUGGUGACACCGGAGCCAGCGGAGCGGAGGCGGUACACGUGGGCUUCACUACACCGCGGUACCUGGUGCCCAGGGUCCCCGUGCUGACCGCCUUCUCGGGACAGCAGGAUCGCUUCCUCCAGCUUGGGGAGCUCAUGCUUGCACUCUGGGAUGUUUCUAGCAGCGAUGAUGCCUGUCGCUCAGGCCUGCGCUCAGGUCCCUGGUCACCGCUAUGCCCUCAGCGCCCACGCUGA